UUCGGUUCGGAUAUUCAACAGAAGAAAACGAUUGUGCCCACGGUACCGGAUAUUCAACUGUUAAAAAGGAAACAACAAGUGAAGGCCAUGGCUUCGGGUGUGUUCAGCGUGAUUGAUCUCAUGGAACCAAUGCCCGGGGUCAGUAUCACAGAUGGGGAUCGAACCCGUAUUGGACUGGGCAUAGAUAAAGAGCUUAAUAAUCAAAUCGACAUGUGUAGAUGGAAUGAAUUAAAACAGAUAAAACACAACGAGGAGAUGAUGACGCAACUUGGCAAUACCUCUUCAGCUCGGAUUGCAGCGGAACAGAUGCUCAAGCUAGAUGCCAUCCGAAUAAAAACAUCUCANAACCUCUAA